AAUCGCGUUAUCGGAAACUUAGAGAAACAGACGACUGGACCCCGUCUCUCUCCGCCAUGUUAGAUUCACCCGGCUGGGGAUAGCAGCAGAAGUGGCAGCGAACGGUUCUGGCACUGGCCUUUGAAGCAGGCGCCCCCCGGGGGCGGGAAGCUGCCCCACAACACACAACAUGGAACCACAGGUUACUUUAAAUAUAACAAAAGGUUACUGUGUCUCACCCGCCCAGUCAGCUCUAGCUGCCCAGCAUGGAACCACUGGUUACUCCAAAUAUGAUUACUCUAAAAGUAAAACUCAAAGCUUUCUGGUUUCUGACCCAGAAAUUACAACUUGGGCUGAUGUUGAAGCUAUGGUAAAAGUUUCAUUUGAUCUGAACACUAUACAAAUAAAAUACCUGGAUGAGGAAAAUGAAGAGGUUUCCAUCAACAGUCAAGGAGAAUAUGAAGAAGCACUGAAGAUGGCAGUCAAACAGGGAAACCAGCUGCAGAUGCAAGUCCAUGAAGGCUACCAUGUUCUCGAUGACACCCUACCCCCAGUUACAAUAGAAAAACGACCAGUUUCAAGAACAGGAAAGAAGCCACUUGCCCAUUAUUCUUCACUAGUGAGAGUCUUGGGAUCAGACAUGAAGAAACCAGAGGGUCCUGCAGAACAGCAGUUACCACCUGCUCCCUGUGAUGCAGACCAGCCCCACAACAAGCCCCCCGACUGGUUCACAAGCUAUCUGGAGACAUUUAGAGAGCAGGUCGUUAAAGAAACGGUUGAGAAACUUGAACAGAAAUUACAUGAGAAGCUGACCCUCCAAAACCCAUCACCGGGUUCCUGUACCUCAGAAGUCUCAGUACCUGGGUCAGAAGAAGCACUUUUUUUGCCGGAAAAUCAGUUCCAGUGGCAUAUUAUUUGCAGUAAUUGCCAAACAGGGAUCAUUGGGGUGCGCUACCAGUGCAGUCUGUGCCCGUCCUACAAUAUCUGCGAAGAUUGUGAAUCCGGGCCAUACGCCCACGACACUAACCACAUCCUGCUGAAGUUGCGGAGACCCGUGGCGGGUUCAUCUGAACUCUUCUCUCACUCCAAGUUCUCUGCUCCUCGUUUGCCUGCCGCCCUGGAACAAGCCAGGCUCCAGAAACAAGUUGACAAGAACUUUCUUAAGGCAGAAAAGCAAAAAUUGAGAGCUGAGAAGAAACAGCGUAAAGCAGAAGUCAAGGAACUUAAAAAGCAGCUUAAACUCCACCGGAAGAUUCAUCUGUGGAAUUCCAUUCACGGACUCCAGAGCCCCAAGUCCCCUUUGGGCCGGCCUGAGAGCCUGCUGCAGUCUAACACCCUGAUUCUCCCUUUGCAGCCUUGUGCCCCAGUUAUGCCGACCCUCAGUGCAGCAUUUGUGGAUGAGAAUUUGCCUGAUGGGACUCACCUCCAGCCAGGAACCAAAUUUAUCAAACACUGGAGGAUGAAGAAUACAGGAAAUGUCAAGUGGAGUGCAGACACAAAGCUCAAGUUAAUGUGGGGAAACCUAACAUUGGCCUCUACAGAGAAGAAGGAUGUUUUGGUUCCCUGCCUGAAAGCCGGUCAUGUGGGAGUUGUAUCUGUGGAGUUCAUUGCCCCCACCUUGGAGGGAACAUAUACUUCCCAUUGGCGUCUUUCUCACAAAGGCCAGCAGUUUGGGCCUCGGGUCUGGUGCAGUAUCAUAGUGGAUCCCUUCCCUUCCACAGAAAUGCCCGAUGAUAUUGAAAAGGGCAACUCCGGCAAAGUGGAUCAUCUCACCUGCCAGCAAGAGGAGGGUUUUCUUCUGGAAAAAGAAGAAGAUAAUCUUGAUGAAGCAACUGCUCAGGCAGAUGGUACAGGAACCUGUAUCCCUCUGAAAACAAAAAACAUUUCGAGAGAGAGAGAACUCUACAUCCCUUCUGUCGACCUUCUAACUGCCCAGGACCUGCUCUCCUUCGAGCUGUUGGAUAUAAACAUUGUCCAGGAGUUGGAGAGAGUGCCCCAUAAUACCCCUGUGGAUACGACUCCCUGCAUGUCUCCACUGCCGCACGACAGUCCCUUAAUAGAGAAGCCUGGCUUGGGACAGAUAGAGGAAGAGAGCGAAGGGAUGGGAUUUAAAGCACUUCCUGAUGCCGCAGCAUCAGUAAAGAGGAGAGCUGAGAACAUUGCCUCAGCGGAGGAGGUGGAAGAUGACCUCAGUGGGACUCAGUUUGUUUGUGAAACUGUAAUUCGAUCCUUGACUUUGGAUGCUGCCCCGGAUCAUAACCCACCAUGCAGACUGAAGUCCCUGCACAGGGCAGAGUCACAGCUGCAUAACACAGACGGGCAGCAGUCUGCUCUACCGCCCGAAGUCUGCAGUAAGGAAUCUGCCCUGAAAUCUGCCUUGCCUGAAGAGGGACCACUUGGAGAUGAUAGGGAAGAGAUUGUCCCUGUCGCUGAGGAAGAAGCCCCGGAGGAGGAAGAUGAGCUCAGUGACGAAGUUCAGAGUCAGUCCUCUGCUUCUUCCGAGGACUACAUCAUCAUCCUGCCAGAGUGCUUUGACACCAGCCGUCCCCUUGGGGACUCCAUGUACAGCUCUGCGCUCUCACAGCCAGGCCUGGAGCGAGGGACUGAAGGCGAGCUCGGGGUUGAGGCUGGACAGGAACCAAUUGAGGAUGGAGGAGGAUCCACUGGAAGGGAGAACCAGCCUCAGGAGCACAGCAUCAACGACAUCCUCAUGACCUCACAGACUCUGGACACGGUGCCCCUAACCCCAGAGGUGAUAGGACCUCCGCCACCGCUGCCCAGGAGCCCUCCCUGUGCCCAGCAUCACGGUUCCCCAGGAGUGAAUUUACCAGUUACCAUGCGGGAAGUUUCUUCAGUUCAGCUCAGAGGAGAGCCCAGAGGCUCAUCAGGACUUAUAAACAGCAGACAGAAGAGCUAUGACCACUCAAGGCAUCAUCACGGAAGCAGCAUUGCUGGAGGAUUGAUGAAGGGGGCGUUGUCUGUGGCUGCCUCUGCGUACAAGGCCCUGUUUGCCGGGCCACCAAUCACAGCGCAGCCAGUAGUUUCUGAGGAACAGAGGGCAGCCUUGAUGGCCCAUCUCUUUGAAAUGGGAUUCUGUGACCGGCAGCUGAACCUCAGGCUGCUGAAGAAGCACAAUUACAAUCUCCUCCACGCUGUGACCGAACUUCUUCAAGUCAACAACAACGACUGGUACAGCCACCGCUACUGAGGGGUGACCUUGUAUUAAAUAACUUUGCCUGCUGCUCAGAGAUGAUCUGUAUUCUGUCGUUGGGGGUAGGGUAGGAGCCCUUGCUUAUUUUUUAAUCUGGUAAAUCUGUAGAGCCCAUCACUGAAUUACAAGAUAAAAAAAAAACUUUACUACAGUAUUUUGGGGAGCAAAUCAAAGAGCAGGACUUAAAAUCUCACUAUAGAGUUUGACUAGUAGGAAGAUAAUUUUUCACUUGAUUUGGAUAAAAUUUCUCCAGGGCCCAGAGCAGUAGUACAGUGGGUAGGGCAUUUGCCUUGCACAUGCCAACCUGCGUUUGUUCCCUGGCAUCCCUGUGUGUUCCCCUGAGCACCACCAGGCAUGAUCCCUGAGCUCAGAGCCAGGAGUAAGCUCCGAGCACAAUGGGGCAUGACCCAAAGAACAAAAAAAGCAAACAAAAAAAAUUUUUCUUCAUCUUAGUUCAUUGAAGAAUAUAAUUUGAACUUCCUGUUGAACUGCUUUCUGGUUUAUGCUUCCCUGAAGUUUUCUUUUUUAAAUGUGGGUCUUUGUUGUCAUAUUUUAAAUGAAAUUAACCUUGGACACUUCAAGAAUUAUUCUGACAGUUUCUCUUAUCCUGCCCCCAAGCCUCAUAGCUGUGUGGAUUGAAGAGACACCCUGAGUGUGAUUUGAAUGUUGCUACUCAGAGUCUUUGUCCAGAGAAAGUCAUUUCCCUGCAAGAUUUAGUCAUUGGUAUUGUUUCUUUCUAAAGACCCCUUCAAUGCACUCAAUCCACUUUCUGCUCCCUGUCCUCUUGUGAAAGGAGAGGGGAGAGUGCCAGCCCAUUGGCAUUUGUUGAGCAGUUCCUGUUGUAAUUUUACGUACAUUUCUUUUUAUUUAAUGGGGGGAAAUCUAAGUUUGGUAGUAUGGAAUAUUUUGCUAAUCCUAUAAAGAAGAGGAAGACCCUUCUAUUAAAGGGAAAGAUAAUUUUCACAGUUACUCUCUUUCUUACUGUCGGGACAGAAUCUUACUGUGGAGUGGGGAGAUACAGAAAUGCAGAAAGUGCAAGGCAGGCUCCUAUGUUAAUCUCAGCCAAGGUCAGGAGAGGAAAUGAAAGUAUGCCAGGCGUGGGAAAUCCUGGUGACUUCUUGAACUGUUGGAAGUCUGUUCACAGGAUCUAGCCGUAGAGAGUCUAGGGCAGGGAAAGGAGGCUGAAGUUUUGCCCAACCCAGAUAGGAAAAGACUGGGUGAAGUUUUUAUUUUGACCCCAAGAUACGUGAGAAAAGAGGGGGGUCAGGUCUGUUCAUAGAGGGUCUAGGUACAAUUAGUGAAAAAAGAAAAAAAAAACACUAAGGAUUUUAUUCAUGAGAAAAAGAGGCCCAAAAUGUAAUCCUCCAGCCAGAGGGAAGGAUUAUUAAAAUAGUAUUAUUUAACCUGGUUGGUAUUUUAAUGAUGAUUUUAAUCAGUAGCCAUAAGGAUGUUUUAUUUACAGUCUAAUGUAACUCUCAAAUGCUGUUAAGACAGGAUUCAAACCACAAGCCAACCAGGCUGUGAUUGUUGAAAAAAAAAUUUUAUCCGGCUUCUAGAAGGAGGCUGAGUAGAAAGGUGUAAUUGAUCUGUUGAUACAGGACCUCUCGGUGUCUGAGUUUGUGGGUUCAGGGGUGGGCCAUUCCAUUGUACUUGUACCCAGCCACUUAAAGAAUGAUGAAAUAAAGGUUUUAUGAAAUGCC